UUUUGUAAUGGAGGCUGCUCUAGAUGAGGAGAAUCGAAGCCUCUACGUUGGUAACCUCGAGCCUUCAUGUACAGAAGAAUUGAUUUACACAAUAUUCAGUCGUAUAUCCCCAGUAUUAAGAUGCAAGAUGAUUUAUUCGACUGGAAAGGACCCUUUUUGUUUUGUUGAAUUUCAUUCAAGAGCUGGUGCACAACUUGCAAAAUAUCAAAUGGAUAGAAGAGAAAUAAUGGGAAAGUCUAUUAAAGUGAAUUGGGCCACCAAUAGCCAGGGGAUGAAGAGGGGAGACACAAAUAAUCACCACCACAUAUUUGUGGGAGAUCUUGCAGAAGAUAUUGAUGAUAACACAUUACGGAAGACCUUUGAACCAUUUGGGGAUAUAUCAGAAGCAAGAGUUGUCAAAGAGGCCAACAAAAACAAGUCAAAAGGGUUUGGAUUUGUUGCUUUUGUCAAAAAAGAGGAUGCUACAAGAGCAAUUAGUGAAAUGAAUGGUGCUGAUUUGAUGGGAAAACCAAUAAGAACAAACUGGGCAUCUAGGAAAAACAACCCCGUACAGAGUAAGUGGAGUAAACCUUUAAAUUGGGAUGAAGUAUUUCACAAAUCUUCUCAAUUAAACACUACGAUUUAUGUUGGCAAUCUUCCUCCUGACAUUAAAGAUUAUGAUCUUCAAAACUUGUUUUCUCAAUAUGGUCAGAUUUUGGAAAUCAAAUUAUUUGCCGAGAAAGGCUAUGCAUUUGUAAAAUUUAGCAAUCAUAACGAAGCAACAAGUGGAAUAGUAGGAACACAUAACCAGACAACAUUAGGUGAUCCUAAUAACCCAUAUUUACUAAGAUGCUCUUGGGGCAAAGAAACUCCAGAAAUGAUGAAUUUUCAGCAAGCAGGAGCUUGGCAGCAACAGUACUAUGCACCGUUUUACUAUCAACAAAGCCAGUCUCAACCACAACAACAAAUGCAACACUCACAUCAGCAGCAACCACAGCAACAAUAUAUACAAUACCCUGGAUAUGCCAUGUAUUUCCAACAGGGAAGUCCUUAUGCAGCGGGCCAAGGAAUGGCAAUGUAUCCCGUACAGAAUUAUUCAGGUGUUCAGAUGUCUUCUACUAGUACAUCAGGCAUUCAGACACCAACUCAAUCCCCUCAAGUAAUGGGUAUGCAAGCUACUGGAUUAGUAGCUCCCCAAGGAGCACCACAGGCCUCCUACGCCAUGCAGCCGGCUGCUGGCUACCACGCCCAGUAGAUGCAAUCACAAGAAUGUUGUGUCGAACUUUGCUACUGCUCUGAUAUGUAGGAUAGAAUAGAACCUGAAAUUAAGUUUAGUUUGUCGCCUUUGAAGUACGUUAUGGUGUUUGCCUAGUACAAGCAAGCCUGUCAACACCGUCAAUGAUUCCUGGAUUUAGAGUUAAUUUUGUUGCAUUUUCUGGAUCAUUAAGUCAGAAAGCACCACUUAAGUUAAUAUUCUAAAUUAUUCAAGUGAGCAAAUAUUCGGUUAUUCUGGAUAUAUAGAUUAAAUGAACAUAUCAGAGCAAAGUAGUAGUUAAACACUGAACAGAUUCAAAUAAAAAGAUGUCAGAAAGUUAGCAAACAAUAGAGAAAAUAUACUCCUUGACUGAAGUGAAUUCGGCCAAAUGAGAAAAAACAAAUCCAAUAAAAUAGGUGUUGAACCCUUUGCUGUUGAAAAAGUAGCUAGCUUAGCUUCACUGUCCAUGUAUAGGUAGCAAAUGGAAUCUAGUAAAAAAUGAGCAAUUUUGGCCAGCCAUGUACAGUUUCUCUAUAUUUUAUAUUUAUUAUCAACCAUGCUUGUCAUGGUUCAAACCUGUCCUUCUCAAAUCGUCUAUUUUUCACUGACCUCUGUUGACGAUUUUCUAGUAUUUAUCAGAACCAAAAUGUGCUUUUUCAACAUGAAAUGGUUCUCAUUUCUGUACGCUACAUGUCAGGUGCGAUCCACUCUGUGUACUGUAUGUUUUCCAUCUGUCUAUCACACUGUCAUUACUGCCUGUCUGUCAAUUUCUCAAGUAAGGUAAAUAUCGUGUCGUACAAUUGUGUUAACUGUGCUUGCUAUAGAAAGAAGGGAAUAAACCAAAACAAUUUUUAAA